UUCGUGAAACUUUAUUUCCCAUCAAGUGGCAAAUUUUCGAGAUGUUACUAACAAGUGAACGAACUGUUAUUAUCGCCUAACGCAAGUCAUCGCGAUGCGAAACGUUCCGUGCUGUGGGUUCGAACCCAAACAGAAUGACGCGUCGCGAUCGCAAUCCAGGAUCGAUGUUUGCAGAAAGGCAGUUGGUAACAAAUCCUGAAGAAAAAGAAUAUGCUGCUGGAGGAUCGUAUAGGUUCAUCACAAGAUCAGUCUAUUCUGCAGAGACGUGUCACAAUGAAGAGCAACCAAGGGAAUUACAGUUGGGUGAACCUGCAGGACAGCGAAUGGAACGUAACGAAUCUUUUGGACGGGAUGGGUUGCGAUUAUUUCACGGUGCUAUCUUCGUGGUUGCGUUAGCCGGAAACGGUUUGGUCUGCUACGUUGUGUACAGCAGCCCCCGAAUGAAGACUGUGACGAACUUCUUCAUCGUGAACCUUGCAUUUGGGGACAUACUGAUAGCUCUCUUCUGCGUUCCGCCGAGUUUCAUCAGCAUUUUGAUACUGCAGUAUUGGCCGUUUGGCCAGGAACUUUGUCCCACGGUCAGUUACUUGCAGGCGGUGUCCGUUCUAGCGAGUGCAUACACACUGGUCGCAAUCAGUGUAGAUCGUUACAUCGCCAUCAUGUGGCCGUUGAAACCAAGAUUGAGCAAACGGCAGGCUCAGUUUUUGAUUCUUGGUGUUUGGAUGCUUGCUAUGGUUAUAUCUUUCCCGAUCGCUGUCGUUUCGAAGCUGUCUCAGCCUUCGAUGCAACAUCAAAGAUGUAAUCAGUAUAUUUGCAAGGAAGUUUGGCCGACGAUAGAAAAUAGGUAUUAUUACUCUAUCGCGUUAUUAGUUCUCCAGUACGUGAUACCAAUAAUGGUUCUGAUGUACACGUAUACUAGUAUUGCUGUUAUGGUAUGGGGUAAGAGGCCGCCAGGAGAAGCUGACAAUGUCAGAGAUCAGAGAAUGGCUCGAUCGAAGAAGAAGAUGGUGAAAAUGAUAGUAACUGUUGUAAUAGUAUUCACUAUCUGUUGGUUACCAUACAACAUAUUGAUGUUAAUAAUAGAUAACAACGAAGCUUUAAGCAAUUGGUCUGGACUUCCUUUGAUAUGGAUGGCCCUUCAUUGGCUGGCUAUGUCACACUCCUGUUACAAUCCAGUGAUUUAUUGCUGGAUGAACGCCAGAUUUCGUACUGGCUUUAUAACCGCCAUCGGCCGUUUACCUGGAAUGCAUCGAAUACUUCGAACAGAUAGAGCAUAUAAUAAUAAUUACAAUGCUAGCACUAUUGAUGUUCCCCUAACAGAUCCCCAUGGUUCAGGUCAUUCUCUACUGCGUCGUAUGAAUACGUGUAUGACUUACAUCAGUGUUCGUCGUAAAACAAACGGAAGUCAUACUGCGCCGGCAAGAAGUGCCAGUUUCCGGGAUGAUUCCUUCCGACCGUCCACUCAGCCCUUGCAACGACAGUUCACCUGUCUCGAGUCCCAUUCGGAAGAACAACUGUGAAGAACCAUUCACGACUAUUCGAAACUUGAUUCGAAUAUUCUAUAUUUUUUUUAUCUGUACAUAUAAUAAACGUUUAUUUCAAAGA